AUGUUUAGAAGUCCUGGUAAAUCUAAGCUGAAACAGCAACAAGCUGAUGACAAUCAAUACUAUGCACAGCGUCAAGCUCCACAACAAUACUCGCAUGUACCAUACCCCCCGCCACCCCAACAGCAGCAACAGCAACAGCAGCAACAGCAGCAACAGCAACAGCAGCAACAGCAACAGCAACAAUUCCGUACUCCUCAACAAGGCGCUUUUCACCCUCACCCUAUAACAACCACAACCCCAGUUGCGAAUGUUCCGGUUGGCGCAACCUCUCCGAUUAGAUCGUCGUUCCAUUCGAUUGGUCGUGAUAGUUAUCCGAGAGGGCUGCCUACUCCUGGCUCCCCCAGUCAAGCCAGCGCCCACUCCAAUCCGGAACAGCAAAGGAAACAAAUUACCGAUAAAAUCAUUACUGAUUGCUAUUCCAAAACAAUUCAAAAUAACGGACAAAAAGUACAUGAGGUUUCUUAUAUUGCCCACAUUAGUGUACAAGAGUUUUCUCACUAUUCCAGCCAUCCCCCACCGCCAAACAUCAACCCGGGACCAUCAAAGAGUAGAAUAUUAGUGUUGUGCAAGAAGUAUUCAGGUAGAAUGUUGUUGCAAAAAGGGAAAUUUCUGGACGAUAGACGAGUUUUCCAAAUUGGAAGAACUUGGGAUUUAUCCGAAUUGCUGCUCAUUAGAAAAGUGGGGUCCGAUGGAAUGAUCUUGAUCAUAACGAAGGAAUAUUAUUGGAAGUGUGAUGAAGAAGAUUCGAGAAUUUGGAAGUUUUGUCGAUACUUGUGUCAGCAUUAUGGAAUUGCAACAGGAAAGUAUCCCCACUUGGAUGGGUUUACAUUGGAUGAGUUCAUGUUACCAGCUGUACCCAAGUCACCAACCCAAGUUGCGAGUCCAACAUUCCAGUCGAUUCCAAGGCAUGAAACAGUACCUAAGCAGCAAAAAUCACCGAAAUCAGAAACUACAAAAUCAACCAAAACUUUAAAGCAAAAGAUCAUCCACAAGCCGUCUUUGUUUUCUCUGGAUAAAUCAUCUCAUAAUGAAAAGCACAGCAUGGCCAGUGAAGCUUCACCCACGACUAAAACUUCGCCCUCGCAUAAAAAAACACUUAGCGGUGGUAUGUACAAAGGCUUGGAUUUCACCGUCAAUGGACAAUUGCCAAAAAAGCCCAUGCAGGUUUUGCAAAGAGAGACGCCACUGGAAGACCAUUCAAAUGCGAAUGAACCAAGACAUUAUCAACUUCAAGAGCCCUUCAGUCAAUCACAAAGCACACUUGCGCCUAGUCAAAAGUCAUCUCCAUACGUUUCUCAAAGAGAUCUUGAUUCUCGACAACAGAGCUUCAGCCAUUUGGCAAACAGGAGUGAUAAUACUAGCUUUACAGCAACAAAUGAUCAAAGCUACUACCCCAAUAAGCAUAAUCUGUCCCUAACGAAUGAUAGUACUCGUGCAGAUAGCGUGCUUGUCGGCAGUGGGCGUGCCGAUAAUAUAAGAGCUGACGCUGUCAACGAGAGACACAAGCCUCAUCCAUAUGCUCAGAAGGUAGGAAAUGAUGACGCCAAAAGCAUGUUGAGUAGUGAUUCUCACAGUUUUGUUUUUGGUAACACCGAUUUAAAAGAUGAGCAAUAUGACAAGUCCAUAACUGGUGCGGAUAUCAGUAGCUCUCCCUAUAAGAAAAUGAAAUCCUCACAACAAGGAGCUGUUAAGAGUAUGCUCGAACCACUUGAAUCGGUAAAAGAGCAAACUCCAAAACCACAAUUGAAUAUUGAUGAUCAAAAUGCACGGGAGAAGUUUCCAUCUAUUGAACUUGUGAGUGAUCGAAAGGGAUCAACGUCGUCGGUCGUUGCUUCUACCAAAACCCAGAAUUUAACCUCCAGUGAUAAACUUUCCGGUCAAGGAGAGCGUCAGUCAAGCGCAUCUUCUCAAAAGAGACCACUGUUGUCGGGGCAAGGGAGCAUUUAUGGUCAUCAACGACAACGUCUGCAAGGAGGCUCAUCCUGGAGCUUGAAUGAUAGAAAGAAGGAUGCAAGUGACAAAGGCGUUGCCAUAAACCAAUCCGAUGCCUUGCAAAAUGUUUUGAAAAACGAAAAAUCCCCCAAUUCCACAAUGUUCAUCGAAGAGUCUACAAAAUUGGAGGGGGGUAAUAGAGUGGACGAACAUAUGCGAGAAUUGGAAGGUAUGUUGGAUUCCCACAUAAAUGGAGCGCAUGACGAUUCGUUUGAUUUCAAUGACGCAAUUGACUUGAAUGACGAGCCACAGAGAGACGUACCUUCAAGAGCACCACCAGCGGGCAAUGCGAACUCUACAUUGGAUGGUGAUGAUACUCGCAAUGUGUUGCAAGAACCAUUUGAGCCUGGGUUAAACAUAUCCAAAAAGACACCAUCUGCAACACCCGAGCCCACGAUUCGUACUUCAUUACCCGAUUUUGAGAAAGACGUAGAAGCAGAAGAAUUGUUGAAUGAUUUGAAUUGGAGCUCAAAGAUGGAUGCCGAUACACUUGUCAAGAAUUUAACCAAAGAAUUAAACAAGACUAAGCAGGAAACAGUCAAGAAGUUAGUUGAUAUUGAUUUAUCUAGUACGUCAGCCAAUGAUGUUGGUGUUGCUUCCAGCGAGGUUGAACAUAUGCUUCGCGUAUUUCAAAAAAUGGAUCUCAAUUUUAAGAUGUUGAAUGCGGAUGUAAAUGUCAUUGAUAAGCAUUCCAAAGGAUUACAAUUGAAAUUUGUCAAUAAAAAAUUGUUGUACGAUGAUUUGAAUGGUAUUUUGUCAAAGGUGUCCGUUGGAGCCGAAGACUUGCACUUCAUUGGAGAGUUCAAAAAUUUUGAUGUGUUUAACCAAAUUGGUGUUCUCGAAUCCAAGUUGUUGAAUUUGUAUAAUGGUUUGAUUACUAUUAGAUCGGAUUCGUCUCAUGCUAACGAUGGUCAAGAUUUGAGCUCAUUGAAGGCUUUACAACAAUACAAAAGUAAGUAUGAAAGUGUUAGCAACAGGUUUGUGAGACAUUUCUAUGAAUUUAUAAGACGGAGAAUUGAUGCAAUCGGCAAAGAGCUAUUGAAGGAUAUCGAGAAUGCUGACCCGAGAUUAAUUUCCUCGAGGUUAUCUGAGCUUUUAGUUUACAGUGGAAUCACCUAUUACGUGAAGGAAAUUGGAAGGGAAUAUUUUGAUGAAAUUAACGGUCAAUUCAAUCAAACGUUUUCAAAAAUAUUGGAAAAAAUGUUGAGGGCAAAGUCCAAGAAGUUGAAAGCUGAUCAGAAAACGGCGCGUUCGACGUUGCAUUCUCACUAUGAUGCAACAUCAUUACUGUACUCAACUAGGAGACUGGAGAGACUGUCCUUGUCUCCUUCAUUGAAUGAUGGCUUGUAUGAAGGAAACGGUGAUCAUUAUAAUGAUGAUGAUGAUGAUGAUGACGACGAGGAUUUUGCUCCAUUGAGGAAAGGUAGAUCACUGAGAUUUUCAAGAAAGGGAGGUCGAUUCAAUCAAAGUAGUGCCACCAGUAGAGAAGUUGAUUCCGAUAAACGAGAACAAUUGGAAUCGUUGAAAAGACACAUUAUCGGCAAGGGGUCUGCAAAUGGCGAAUUAGAGAGCUCCAAAGCAGUUAUUGGCUUGAUUGAGGAAUCCAAAAUGAUUGUCAUGAUUUUCCAGUAUUUUAUUGUUGUAUUUUUCCAUUAUGAUGCAGCUACGCUUGAGUUUGCUGAGUUUUUAGAAACUAACCCCUUUGGUACAAGAGAAGAGUUUGCUGAUCCUGCAUAUUUUGCAAACCUUGAUUUCACCGACAUCAAUAACAAUUAUUCUGUUUCGAAUGACGUUAUUGAAAAUCUUGAUAAAGUGUUGGGUGGAUUUAUUGCCAGCUUUAUCAAGAAUGUCAAUCCUGUUGAUAUCAAUAUUCCUGUAAUUUUGUUGCAUGUGGAGGAUAUAAUGAAGUCGAUUCAAGAAUCGGUGGUGAACCAAGACUUUUUAAUUUACAACUUCCUUCAAUUGCUCAGCGACAAGUAUCAACAACAAUGGUGGAAAUUUGUCGAUUCGCAAAUUGAGUCGAUCAAGAAUUCAACAAUUGUGCCCAAUAGUGGUAUACUUUCAUCGGUGAAGCAAGUCAAUUACAUUCUUUUAAUUACAGAAUCAUCAAUUGGCGGUCGCGAUAUCAAAGGAACCAAGGUUCGUAAUAUGGUUGACAAGGCAUAUGUGCAGUUGACAGAUGCAUUGAUUAGUUUGUUUUCAAGACAGGAUCCAUUGGUGAAUAGCGGUGGAUUUGAUGACAAGGAACGCGAAUACAAGAAUGUGGCCAUUUUGGAAAACAUUUUCUACAUUCUACAGCAACUCAAUGAUAUUGGCACUGGCAACAGUUCGACCAAAAAGUUGCUGGAGAAGUUAUCGCAAAACUUCAAACGAAUUGAAGAUGUUUAUUUUACAAAACAAGUGCACAAGUCUAUUGGUAAAUUGGUUGAUUUUAUUGAAGAUUGCGAAAAAUUAGCAGCACUUGGCGGCUCAACUCGUGACUUGAAUUCAAGUUCUCACUCAAUCAAACAACAACAUCACCAACAUCAACAAAAGAAGCUUGCCAAGUCACUCUUAACCCAAUUUAGUGAAGAUGAUAUCAAGUACAAAGUAGAACUGAUUCAUGAAUUGUUUGAAAAACAGUUCCGUAAAACAUAUGAUCAAUCAACUGGUGGUGGACGUAGUGGUAAUGAUAACUUAUUCACUCGUGAUUUGAUUGAUAAGUUGUGGAGUGAUUUGGAGACAUUAUUUAUUGAUUACUUUACCAGAUUGGGCAAGAUUUUACGACAACAGUUUGAUAGGGACUUAGACUAUCACGUGGGAAGACAAGAUAUACAUCAUAUAUUCAAGUCAAUUAGAGGUUAA